GGCGGGCGUGAGCGCGGGGGAGCGCGCUGCCUGCAUGCGCGGAGCUCUAGCCCCGGGCGGCCGCCGCGGCAGCGCCGGAUCGGAGGCAGCCGGACGUGGAGAGGAGCGCGGAGCCCGGAGGCGCCCCGGGUCCGCGCUGGACCGUUGUGACUGUGUAGCGCCCGGGUGCGCUGCGAAGACGAGGACCGGACUCUUUUGAAUCUCCCGGCAUCUGGGCGCGGGGCGACUCUCGGUAUUUUCUAACUCAACUCGUGGAUUGGAACGUGGCUCCGCUCUGAGCGCGGCCGGCGACUUGUAGGAGCUCAGCCCUGGCUGCGGCCGCCGCGCACGCCCUCGGAAGACUCGGCGGGGUAGGGGCACGGGCUGGCCGCGAGAGUCUCCGCGUGCAGAGCGGGCGGGCCGAGGGCUGAUUGGAGGGACUCCCCGGAGAAGCGAUUUGGGAUUUGUUGCGAACAGCAUGGAGGAGAAUGACCCCAAGCCCAGCGAAGCGGCGGCGGCAGCGGCGGCGGUGGAGGGGCAGCGGCAGCCGGAAUCCAGCCCCAGCGGCGGCUCGGGCGGCGGCGGCAGCAGCCCGGGCGACGCGGACACUGGCCGCCGGCGGGCUCUGAUGCUGCCCGCGGUCCUGCAGGCGCCGGGCAACCACCAGCAUCCACACCGCAUUACCAACUUCUUCAUCGACAACAUCCUGCGGCCCGAGUUCGGCCGGAGAAAGGACGCAGGGACGUGCUGCGCCGGCUCCGGAAGAGGCAGAGGCGGCGGAGGCGGCGGCGAAGGCGGCGCGGGCGGCGCGGAGGGAGGCGGCGGCGCGGUCGGCGCCGAGCAGCUCCUGGGGUCGGGCCGGGAGCCCCGGCAGAACGCGCCGGGUGCGCCGGGUGCGGGCGGGCCGCUGCCCGGCGGUGGCGGCGGCGACUCUCCGGGUGACGGCGAAGGCGGCUCCAAGGCGCUCUCGCUGCACAGCGGCGCCAAGAAAGGCGGAGACGCCGGGGGCCCCCUGGACGGGGCGCUCAAGGCCCGCGGCUUGGGCGGCGGCGACCUGUCUGUGAGCUCAGACUCGGACAGUUCGCAGGCCAGCGCCAACCUGGGUGCGCAGCCCAUGCUCUGGCCGGCUUGGGUCUACUGCACGCGCUACUCGGACCGACCUUCUUCAGGUCCCAGGUCUCGCAAACCAAAGAAGAAGAACCCCAACAAAGAGGACAAGCGGCCCCGCACGGCCUUCACGGCGGAGCAGCUGCAGAGGCUCAAGGCCGAGUUCCAGACCAACAGGUACCUGACGGAGCAGCGGCGCCAGAGCCUGGCCCAGGAGCUCAGCCUCAACGAGUCACAGAUCAAGAUUUGGUUCCAGAACAAGCGCGCCAAGAUCAAGAAGGCCACGGGCAACAAGAACACGCUGGCCGUGCACCUCAUGGCGCAGGGCCUAUACAACCACUCCACCACCGCCAAGGAGGGCAAGUCGGACAGUGAGUAGGGGGCGGGCGCCAAGCCCAGUCUCAGUCCGAGCUAAACAAUGCAAUAAUUUAAAAUCAUAAAUAAAGGGCCAGUGUAUAAAGAUUAUACCAGCAUUAAUAGUGAAAAUACCGUGUAUUAGCUAUGGUUCUGCAAUAUUCUGUGUAUAUAUAAUUUACAGGAGAUGUAAAAUCCAAAAUAUCUGACUAUAAAAUAUUUUUUGAGUUUUCUUAUGUUUAUGAGAUUAUGCUAAUUUUACGAUUUUUUUUUUUUUUUGCGAAGGGGGCUGCGUAGGGUUUCAUCUUUUUUAAUCCCCUAAGUUCCAUUAUGGGACAUCGGACACUUUUUUUCUUUUUUUUAAUUUCAAAAGGAGAAAAACAUUAAAACAACUUGCUGAAGUCCAAAGAUUUUUAUUGCUGCAUUUCACACGACUGUGAACCGAAUAAAUAGCUCCUACUUGGUCUAUGAGUUCUGCCACUUUGUUCGUGUGGGCUUGGUGAGGGCAGCAGGAGGGGCCACAUCCCCGGCCUCGCCCUCGCCACCCGGCAGUCGGCGGCGAAGGGGCCCUGGCGGGGCGGCGGCUGGAGGCUCGGCACCCCCCAAGCCUGGACGUGCCGGACUGCCUGGGCCGAGGGGCCCACGGCCGGCUCCCCCAUCCCCGCCUCCUGCCUUCCCUUCCGGUCCUCCUCCUCGCCGAGGCCUGGCCCGCGCCUCCCUGCGUGCUUCCGUCUGCGUCUGUGUCGCUGUCCCCAGUCCAGCCGCCUGCCGCCAGCGCCAACUCUCCCGCCUCCGGGCACCGCUCCGGGGCUCAGGGCCGAGGGGCCGGGUAUGUGGCCGGAGGCCCGCGGGCGGUGAGGCCACCCCACCCCUCCAGGCCUGGGCCCAGAGACUCCCCUGCGGCUCCAUCAGCAGCCCAGGGGCCGCCUGGGCCCCAGAAACGCGGCCGAGGUCCACUGCCUCCAUCUCUGGCCGGCAGAGGCCUGGAGAGGGAGCUGGCAUUUCCUCCCUUCCUUUUUUCUUCUCUUUCUUUUCUUUCUUUUUCUUUUCUUUUCUUUUUUCUUUUUUUUGUAAAGUGGCCGCUUCUGCUAUAGAGAGCACUCUUUCAAGGUAAAUACGUGUGUGUGUACGUAUAUAUACAUGCUCAUAUACACACACACAAGCAGACGUGUAAGAGUCCACAAUUCUGGAACGUGUGGCUACCUUGACUUUAAAGGAACUCAGAAUUCUCCAGGAUCUAGAGGAAGGAAGAAAAUGUGUAAAUAAUCAUUUCUUAUCACUUUUUGUCUUUUCUUGUGUUUUUAAAAUAUACAUUUUAUUUUUUUGAAGGUGUGGUACAGUGUAAAUUAAAUAUAUUCAAUAUAUCCCCAUCAAGUACAUAUAUAUAAACAAACACAUUAUCUAUAUCUAUAUAUAUAACUCCACACUGUCUUCUGUUUAGUGUAUGGAAAAAGAAUUGUGUCCAAAUGUCCAUCUGCACUGGGACAGCCCAGGGGGUGUACCCAUGGCUGAGCCAGGAGUCAUGGCUCUGCCCCUGAGGACUGAGGGUGAACUUCUCUCUUUGCCUUAAACCUCUUUAUUUCACUGCGAUAAUAGUUUCACUUUGUACAUACUAAUGUAAACCUUUUUAAAACAAAAACUAUAAAAGCAAAAGUUGUAAUUUAAAAUUCUGUGAAUAACCAUCUGCUGCUUAGGAAACUCAAUGAAAUGAUAUGCCUUUUUAGCAGGAAGCAAAGUUUUUUGGUUUUUUAUUUUUUUAUUUUUUAUUUUUUAGUUUAUAAAACAUGUGCGUUUUACAGUUCCAGUAGCAAAUAUUUAUAAUCUUAUAAGAAGUGAAUGUUUCUAUUUACAACUGUGGUUAUCAAAAUUGUGAACAUUCCCCCUGCAUUUUUGUGUGUUUAAAUUCUUGAAAGUUACAUUAAAUUAA